ACAGCUAGGAGACCAGGGUUCAAUUCCACCCUCUGCCAUCUCUGUGUGGAGUUUGCAUGUUCUCCCCGUGCAUGCGUGGGUUUUCUCCGGGUACUCCGGUUUCCUCCCACAUUCCAAAAACAUGCUAGGUUAAUUGGCGACUCCAAAUUGUCCAUAGGUAUGAAUGUGAGUGUGAAUGGUUGUUUGUCUAAUGUGCCCUGUGAUUGGCUGGCUGGCCACCAGUCCAGGGUGUACCCCGCCUCUUGCCCGAAGACAGCUGGGAUAGGCUCCAGCACCCCCUGCGACCCUUGUGAGGAAAAGCGGUAUAAAAUGAAUGAAUGAAUAAUAAUAAUAUUAAUAACUACACCAUAAUAAUUACCAAACACACUACAGAACUGUUUUUUUUCCUGUGCUAAAAUAUUUCUUCUGGAUGUUGGGUAUGAUGCCUCCAUGACAAUAGGUGAGAAGACACAUUCAAGGAGGCGCAUUGCCGCCGCACCCUGCCAACCGCCGGAUGCGUCCCCCAUCUCACCACAUCCCCCCGAAAAGUGAUAAACCACAGCCGCCCAACGGUGUGGCACCAGUGGCGACGGAACAAAACUCAAAACCUACCGGUUUGGGCGCUGUAGCCAAGUUGAAGGCUUUCAUGAGUGCGAUGCUGCCCUCUGCUGAUAGAACCCCCGGCCGGCCCCCGGCCAUCCACCCACCUUGGAAUAAAGCCCGAAUCGAACCAUCAGAAGAUGCUGGAAAGGUUUUAGACAGAGACGUAGCGAGGCAGGAAGAAACCAAAAGAUGGAGGACUCGAGGAGAAAUGGAAACCAACCUUGUUAGAACCAACAUGAUGAGGAACGGUUUGGUCUCCAACGGAGGUCCACAUAUGGACAGGAAUAUUUUGCAGGGGGUGCCACUGAAACAAAAGCCGAACAGGACCUACGGAGUCAUCCCCCUCGCCGGGAUGCACCAGGGCCCCGCCAGGUUGGGCGGCCAAGUGUGGGGCGAUAGAGAAGUCGGUCGGAAAAUGUAUGGUUCUAUAGGAGAUAUGAGUAUUUCUGCUUUAGUGUCAGGAAGACAUGGAUUGGGGCGGCAAUUCCGAGGAGACGGCGGCUCCUCACAGGGAUGCCGAACGAAAUUCCACGAGCGGCACUAUUCGGAAAGUCGAGAUUCUGACUCCACUAUUCCCAGCUCGUCCAGCAUGUCCACAGAACGUGAGGAGACUGAAUCGGACACGGAAACCCCGUCGAUGAGCCAGGAUGGGUCUGUUUCUGGGAGGGAGUCUGCAUCGGAGAGCGAUGAUGUUUGGGAAAGAUGUAGACGGACUUCCAAGAGACACGGAAAAGGCAAAGAUUCCAAGACUAAAACAUAUCACGACAAAAACAAGGGCUCGCCACCGCAGACUGACGACUUGUCCCCCAUUGUGGAGGACACUGACGAGGAUAAUUGUCACAUGACCGAACAGGAUGAGGAAGACGUUUGAGGCCUCAGUCCACCUCCACCAUCUUGUCCGUGGAGAUGUAGAUCUUUCCCAAUAAGUAAGACUUUGGGUGUGGUGUUUCUUGAUGGGUUCUUUGCCCGUCUUAAACCGCGUUUCCACCAAGAACCCUGAUCUUGCUUGUGUUUUUUUCUACCAUUGGAACCGAUGCUUGGUGGAAUCGAACCUUUGCUUUCAGAAGCUUCUCUUUCCUUCUUGGCUAGUUUUUUCCGUUUCCUGUGUUGUGUGCUGUGUGUGGGAUAUAUUCAUGAAAAACUAUGCUUUUUAUGAAUAAUCCUAGUCAUUCAACAAUUACGAUAUUGAGCCCAAUAUAAGACUUUUGUAAUAAGUAUGAAACAAGCAUGUCGUCUUAUAUUCGGGAUCUUUCUUACUAUGUUAUACCAGUUUGCAUAUUUGAGAUAUACUACUGUAUAGUUUUUCCUAAUAUAAAAAUGAUCUGAAAUUUUGGGUCAUGCAAACCAAAAUGUGGCUCCAAAUACAGUCUAGGU